AAUUUCAUCUGGCGCCCCCGUUCAAUCAGCCCGCAUUGUCGAGGCUUUAGGAGAGGCAGUUAGGAAAGGAGAGAUACUGAUCUCUCGGCCCCAGGGCGGCACUAAUGGUGCCUGUCUAGAUUCUGACAGGUGGAGCUGCUGGGCUAACUACGGACCUGGUGGGGAAGUUUUCCUUGGCUUUCACGUGGCUUUGGCUGGGCAGCCCUGAGAAGCUGGCUGCCUCCUUUUUCUUAAGCCUGGCUUCCCAUAUGGCAGUGGCUGGGGGGAGAGUGAUGGAGAGAAAGGCUAAGCUAAGGUCAAAGAAAGUGGAGGAAGGCUGGCUUGUCCCGCUGGACUUCACGGCGGAGCUGCUGCAAUCUCGCUGGCUGGGCCCUUGCCCCGGGUGGAUCCGAGUGCCUGCGGGGAGGCGGGUGUGGCUCCCCCGGGAGGUGACAGCUGGCGGGGCCCGUAUGGAGCUGGUCUGCUCCGGCUUCCCUCUCGUAGCCGGCGCCCUGGGACCAGCGCGUGAGCAAGUCUCGGAGGAGUCCGAAGCGCUGGGCAGGGCCGAGUGGUCAUCCCCGCCCAGCUUCCAGGGGUGACUGUGGCUCUGACGUCAGACGGCUUUUGGGUCAUUCCCUGGCACGGGGACUUUAUUUUCAUAACAGCAUGAAGUGCCCUGGAACUGGAAUAGGCGUGUCCUCUCCUCGACCCUCCCCCCACUUGUCCCUCUGCUCACCCCUCGCUCGUUCCCUCCCUCCGGCGAGGGCCGCCUUUAUAACAACUGCUCAGAGUGCGAGGGCGGGAUAGCUGUCCGAGGGCUCCCCCAGCACUGAGGAGCUCGCCUGCUGCUCUCUUGCGCGCGGGAAGCAGCACCAAGUUCACGGCCAACGCCUAGGCACUAGGGUCCAGAAUGGCUACAACAGUCCCUGAUGGUUGCCACAGUGGCCUGAAAUCCAGGUACUACAGACUUUGUGAUAAGGCUGAAGCUUGGGGCAUUGUCCUAGAAACGGUGGCCACAGCCGGGGUUGUGACCUCGGUGGCCUUCAUGCUCGCUCUCCCGAUCCUCGUCUGCAAGGUGCAGGACUCCAACAGGCGAAAAAUGCUGCCUACUCAGUUCCUCUUCCUCCUGGGUGUGUUGGGCAUCUUUGGCCUCACCUUCGCCUUCAUCAUCAGACUGGACGGGAGCACGGGGCCCACACGCUUCUUCCUCUUUGGGAUCCUCUUUUCCAUCUGCUUCUCCUGCCUCCUGGCUCACGCUCUCAAUCUGACCAAGCUCGUCCGGGGGAGGAAGCCCCUCUCCCUGUUGGUGAUUCUGGGUCUGGCCGUGGGCUUCAGCCUAGUCCAGGAUGUCAUUGCUAUCGAAUAUAUUGUCCUGACCAUGAACAGGACCAACGUCAAUGUCUUUUCUGAGCUUUCCGCUCCUCGUCGCAAUGAAGACUUUGUCCUCCUGCUCAUCUACGUCCUCUUCUUGAUGGCGCUGACCUUCCUCAUGUCCUCCUUCACCUUCUGUGGUUCCUUCACGGGCUGGAAGAGACAUGGGGCCCACAUCUACCUCACGAUGCUCCUCUCCAUUGCCAUCUGGGUGGCCUGGAUCACCCUGCUCAUGCUUCCGGACUUUGACCGCAGGUGGGAUGACACCAUCCUCAGCUCCGCCUUGGCUGCCAAUGGCUGGGUGUUCCUGUUGGCUUACGUUAGUCCUGAGUUUUGGCUGCUCACAAAGCAACGAAACCCCUUGGAUUAUCCUGUUGAGGAUGCUUUCUGUAAACCUCAACUCAUGAAGAAGAGCUAUGGUGUGGAGAACAGAGCCUACUCUCAAGAGGAAAUCACUCAAGGUUUUGAAGAGACAGGGGACACGCUCUAUGCCCCCUAUUCCACACAUUUUCAGCUGCAGAACCAGCCUCCCCACAAGGAAUUCUCCAUCCCACGGGCCCACGCUUGGCCGAGCCCUUACAAUGACUAUGAAGUAAAGAAAGAGGGCAGCUAACUCUGUCCUGAAGAGUGGGACAAAUGCAGCCGGGUGGCAGAGCCAGCGGGAGCCCAAAGGGAUGUGGGUGAAAUCUUGAGUCUUCGGAGAAAACCGUACAAGACGCUACGGGAGCAGCUUGCCUCCCUCCCAGCCUCAACCACAAUUCUUCCAUGCUGGGGCUGAUGCGGGCUAAUAAGACUCCAGUUCUUAGCGGCGCUGUAGUAUUUUUUUUUUUUUUUUUGUCUCAUCCUUAGGAUACUUCUUUUAAGUGGGAGUCUCAGGCACCUCAAGUUUAGACCCUUACUCUUUUUGUUUGUUUUUUGAAACAGGAUCUUUCUCUGUCACCCAGGCUUAAGUGCAGUGGCGCCAUCACAGCCCAGUGCAGCCUUGACCUCCUGUGCUCAAGCAAUCCUCCCAUCUCCGCCUCCCAAAGUGCUGGGACUACUGGCGUGAGCCACAGCUCCCAGCCUAGACCCUUACUCUUGCUGUUACUUUCCAUGGACUAAAAGUCUGGUCAUCUGAGCGCACACUGGCUCACGCAGCUCUAGGGGCCUGCUCCUCUAACAGUGGGCUUUGUGAGGCUCCGUGGCCCAGAGCAGACUUGCACAUCUGAGCAAAAAUAGCAAAAGCCUCUCUCAGCCCACCAGCCUGAAUCUACACUGGAAGCCAGCUUGCUGGCACUCCUGCUCCCCAACCCUUCUCGCCUGGGUAGGAGAGGCUAAAGGUCACCCUAAAUUUACUCAUGUCUCUGGUGCUGCCUCACAUUGGGCCUCAGCAGCUCCCCAGCACCAAUUCACAGGUCACCCCUCUCUUCUUGCACUGUCCCCAAACUUGCUGUCAAUUCCCAGAUCUAAUCUGCCCCUGCGCUCUGCCAGGAAUUCUUUCAGACCUCACUAGCACAGGCCCAGUUGCUCCUUUGUCAGCAGAAUUUGCAGAUCAUUCUCACUUUCAAUUCCUGGGGCUGAUACUUCUCUCAUCUUGCACCCCAGCCUCUGUAAAUAGAUUUACUGCAUUCACAGCUGCAUUCUGUAAGUGGGCAUGGUCUCCUAAUGGAGGAGUGUUCAUUGUAUAAUAAGUUAUUCACCUGAGUAUGCAAUAAAGAUGUGGUGGCCACUCUUUCACGGUGGUGGCAGCAGUUA